GAAGAAUCGUUGAAUAUCCGGUCUGUGCAACCACUCGAUAGCUUUGACGACGGCGGUGUGGCGAUGUGGGGCAACAACAACCGCAACACCUCGAGGAACACCAACACGAACAAGCCACCAUGCAAAUUCUACGCCCAAGGAACAUGUCGGAACGGCAAUAGCUGCCGCUUUUCCCAUGACAAUGGGAACAACUACCAGUCGUCCCAGCGAAACAACAGUGGCAGCAAUUACCAUCAACAAUCCACUACGUCUAGUAACCCGUUUGCCCAGCCAUCAGGCCCGUCGUCAUCGUCGGGGAAUCCCUUUGGCCAGACGACGAGUGGCAACCCUUUUGCGUCCACCACAGCAUCCUUUGGCACUUCUCCCUUCGGGAAUGCCGCGGCGCCGUCGUCGUCGCCCUUUGCGCAAACUUCGUCGGGCAACCCUUUCCAAAGCACAUCUUCCGCCCCAGCCUCGACUCCGUUCGGUUCGUCUCCAUUCGGCGCUCCGCCCGCCGCAUCAAGUGCGUUCGGAGCGUCACCUUUUGGCACAACUGUUGCCCCAUCCAGUUCUCCUUUUGGCAAUCCACAGACUGCAGCAUCCCCAUUUGGAGGAGGAACUCCGUCACCUUUUGGCAGUUCACCACAAGCGACCUCCCCUUUUGGCACUCCAGCGUCAACCAGUUCACCAUUUGGCACAACAGCUCCAUCUAGCUCCCCUUUUGGCACAACUGCUCCUUCAACUUCUCCUUUUGGCACCGCGCCGCAACCCACUGCUUUUGGCACAACCUCCCCUUUUGGCAAUGCUCCAACCACCUCCCCUUUUGGCAAUGCUCCAACCAACUCCCCUUUUGGCAAUGCUCCAACCACCUCCCCUUUUGGCAAUACUCCAGCCACAACCAACACCCCCUUUGGAAACACUACGGCUUCAAGUACCCCAUUUGGGUCGAAUACAACCACUUUUGGGUCUACGACAUUUGGCAACACCUCUGCAUUUGGCAAUUCGUCAAAACCAGCACCUGCUUCCAGCGUCAUGUUGCCGUCCGACUUGAAGCACAUGGCAUCCACCGGCAAUGGUGGUGACGCCAAGCGCGUCAUUCCAGCAGAUCCACGAGACCCCACUUGGAUCCGUGCGCAGUUCGAAGCCCCGGCCUUUGUCUACGGCUGUGUACCCACCGAAUCGCCCCCGGUGGAGUUUUGUCGUUAACAACGAACCCAACGAUUUGUAACUUAUGUAGUACUUUAAGAAUGUCUCUGUAGUACUAUUAAUAAUACUACUAUCAAUAGUAUUGCCCUUUUU